GGAAACUCCUAUCCUCCAUCACCUACACGGGAAGCUUCCUCCCAGUCCUCUUGCGGUUUCCAGCCUUUGUACUGCCCUUAACGGUUUAUGUGGACAAAAAGAAGAAUAUACUAGUCAAAAAUGAGGUAAAGAUGGACAAAGAUGAUCUGACUGAUCUCUAUAUUCAACAUGCCAUUCCUCUGCCUCAGCGUGACUUACCAAAAAGUAGAUGGGGGAAAAUGAUGGAAAAGAAAAGGCAGCAAAAUGAGUUGAAAAGUGAGAAUAAAAGUGUUACAACAACAGAAGGUUUAAGGAAACGGCCAUUAAUUGUAUUUGAUGGCAAUUCAACAAGUACAAGCAUAAAGGUGAAGAAGACGGAGAAUGGAGCUGCCGAUCGCCUAAAACCUCCUCCAGCUGGAAGCACCACCAACACCGUUAGAAGAUUAUCAGUUCCUUCAAAUGCCUCAACAUACAUUUCAGCUUCCAGUUUAUCAGAGGACGAUAAGCUGGGAAUGAGGAAUAAUGAGACUAAGCAGAACAAUAUUUCAAAGACUAACAGCAGUGUAUUGGCUAGUCUGAAGGUGUACCCUUUGUCUCCAGUAGCAGGAACUACUGUUGUGAAGCUAAAGAGAGCUGUUCCAAAAGAAGAAUCUGAUUUGCCGAAUGACCUAAAGCCUACGGAAGCAAAGAAGAAAAUCCAGCAUGUUACAUGGCCAUGAAGUAGCCAAUGGGGCUUAAAAUAAAAAUGUUACUUCCAUAUUUUCAAACAGAUAAGUCAUAUUUAAACAGUUUAAGUACAAUUCUUUUUAAACCUCACAGGGAUUCAGAUUGCUGUGAAGUUUUAACAAGGUCAAAAGUUCCCUCUUCUAAAGCUGGAGUCAUUAUCACCAGUCACCUUAAGAGUGUCUACUCUUGUACACCAAGUAGUUCAUUACUUCUUUAAAAGCUGGUGAUGUUACAAUAUACUAAACCCUCCACUUUUAGUUUUCAAGAUUAUUAUGGUUCAUCUCCUGCAUGUCCCUAUGAUUCACACAUAUAAAUAUGGGGUUUUUUUAAUUUGUUUCAGUAAGAUUCAGUUUUGUUCCACUUCUGGUUAAAUAGUUAAAAUAGCUAUUGAGAUUUAGAGUGAUCCCAAGAGCCUUCUUGGCUUCAAAAAAGUAAUUAAUUUAGAUGAGAAAACUGACCAUUCUGCUGAUAAGAUAGUUUGAGACAAAAUUUCUUUCCUUUUCGUUGCACAGAACAGGAGUGUAGAAUUUACAGUGCAUGUUAGGUUGGUAAUAACAGAUGAACUAUUUAACAGCAUUAC